UACUACCAGAUGGGUCCUCUGAUUGGCUGUUAGUCAGGAAGUUGUCUCCCGAUGCCGGAAGUGGUCCUCCAGGGGCGGGCACUCAGGGGUCAGAGGACAACCGGGUGGCAGACGCUCUGUUGGAGUUGUGGCUUUGGCGCGAUCUCCCGAUGAGAGGGCGCAGCUCUGUGUUUGCCAUGCAGCACAUCGUGUGUGUGCCCCAUGUACUGGUGCGGAGAGGCCUCCUUGGAAGGGACCUCUUUAUGACCAGGACUCUCUGCAGCCCAGGCCCCAGCCAGCCCGGAGAGAAGAGACCUGAGGAGGCAGCCCUUGGGCUGUAUCACCGCCUCACAACGCUGGGAAGAGCCCUGGGGCACAGCAUUCAGCGACAUGUGUCCUCCACAGCCAAGAAUUGGUGGGACAGAUAUGAAGAGUUUGUUGGACUCAAUGAGGUUCGCGAGGCCCAGGGAAACGUGACUGAGGCAGAGAAAGUGUUCAUGGUGGCUCGUGGGCUUGUCCGAGAGGCCCAGGGGGACUUGGAAGUUCAGCAGGCCAAACUGAAGGAAGUGAGGGACCGCUUGGACCGUGUCUCCAGGGAGGACAACCAGUAUCUGGAACUGGCUACUCUGGAGCACAGGAUGCUGCAGGAGGAGAAGAGGCUUCGUACGGCCUAUCUGCGUGCAGAAGACUCUGAGCGAGAGAAGUUCUCUCUCUUCUCCGCAGCUGUGCGGGAAAGUCAUGAGAAGGAGCGCGCUCGGGCCGAGAGGACCAAGAACUGGUCCCUCAUUGGGUCAGUCCUGGGGGCCCUGAUUGGUGUGGCCGGCUCCACCUAUGUGAACCGCAUACGGCUACAGGAGCUGAAGGCCUUACUCCUGGAGGCACAGAAGGGGCCUGUGAGCCUCCAGGAGGCCAUCCGGGAGCAGGCAUCCAGCUACUCCCUCCAGCAGAGGGACCUCCAUGACCUCAUGGUGGACCUGAGGGGCCUGGUGCAUGCUGGGCAGGGGCAGGGCUCUGCGUCCCAGACAGGUACUUCCCCCACCCAAGUCAAAGACACAGAAGUCCUUUCAGCUGCCUUGCAAGAGCAGAUCAGCCAUUCCAGGCAGGUCCAUUCAUGUCUCAAGGGUUUACAAGAGCAGCUUGACGGCCUGGAAAAGACUUUCAGCCAAAUGGCUGGGGUGGUUCAGCUUGCAAAAGCUGCAGUACACCCAGGCCUGGCUGAGCAGGCAGACCGGGCUCCACCCAGCUCCUUGCUGGAGCAGGGGAGUAUGCUCUUGGCACUGUCGGACAUGGAGCAGAGGCUAGAAGCCCAGGUAAACAGGAAUGCUGUCUACAGCACGCUGGUCACCUGUGUGAUGGUUGCUGCCACGCUGCCUGUGCUCUACAUGCUCUUCCGGGCCAGCUAGCCCCCAUAUCCUCCUCCAGAGGGUCUGAGGGGUUAGGUGUGGAUGUAGUUAGAGAAUCCCAGCAGUGAAGUGAGCCUUAGGGGUGCACCCAACCUCAGCCUGAGCCCUGAGCCCCGUCGGUGUAGCUCAUCUGUGUAUCUGGCAGACAUACUUGGCUUUUUAGGUUAAUGCUUAUUGACAUUCAUCAUGAAAACUUUGUGUUAAUGUCCAAUAAAAGUAUUUUUUAGUUUGUAUUAUUUUAAA